UUAUCGUCGUCUGCGUACGAGAUUCAGCUAAUUUUGUUUCGGCGUGAAAAUAUUUAGAUUUGUUGAUUUUCUAACUGACCUUAAACUGAACAAUGAGGUUCACCGUUGUUGUGCAAGCCCAGCAUAUUGGUAAUGCGUUUAAACAAAUUUGGAAAGUACAGCACAAAAGGAAAGUGCUUGAUUUUGGGAUGAGAGAACAAAUCGAAGCGAAAGGCAUUAAAGUGGUCGAUGCGGCUGAAUUAUUGAAUUUGAAACGAGUGAUUCCAUCGAUCCUACCACAAGAAACAGAGGGUAAAGAUCUGAUUAUCAGUGAAACUUUAAUCCCAAAGCCUCGUGAACAAAAUCACACCCAUCCUGAUUGGCAUGACCAACCAUGUCGAAUCUACAACGAUCACACUUCCCUGUUUACAGGAAUCGACGAAGGUUUGCAUGUUGCCAAAACAUGUCUAGUUGCAAAUAAUUUGCCAGAUAGGGUGUUGUCAUUCAAAGCAAAGGCCCCUGAAGAAAUCCACGAAAGAAUGCAAAAGGCUGUAUUAAGUGCACAUUCCUUGGAUGCACUGCAAGAAAAACUUCCAAUUGCAGUAAACAUCAAGAAACCUGGAUGGAGUUUUCCCCGUUCCUACGGGCUACCACGAUGGAGACGAAAUGUUCAGCUAGUGAAUAAAAUGUUUCACACCAUGGACUUGGCUUUGGCCAAUCAAAAUAUCGACGUGACUCAACAACAAUUCACAUCCGAAAUUUCAGUGAAAGCUCCAUUGACGUUGGACGGCCAACCUAGCCUAUUCGAAAUUCGACAAAAUCAGCUCGUGUUUGGAAAGAAACCAUUGCAGCCGUACGUUGAUGGGGAAAUCAAAGCUGAACUACUGUCAAAUCCGCUGCCAUCCAUCUACCCACUAAGCAGAAGCAUAAGCAUCCACGAACGAAACAUUUAUCGGAGGGAACACAAAUUUCCUGUCCGGCAAGGAGCCCCAUUCGAUCACCUGACGAUGAGCAUCUUUUUCAUAAACAAACCUUUCAUGAAAUACACUGGAACUCAAGUUCAGGGUCGCCUUUUGCUCCAUUCUUUUAGUGCAGCUGCCGCAUAUGCCCAGCAGCGGUACGGGAAAGACGUGAAGGAACUUCCCGAACCGGUGACUAUUAACUGCGUGCAAACAGACAGUCGCAACUUUUAUUUCGGCUGUUUCCAGCUCCACUCUUUAGAUUUGGACAGUAGUCAGGGAGCACACAACUUGUUUUGGGUCGAAGGACCUCAGCCCAUGUUUGCCAAAUGCGAUUACGUUAACAACCAGCCCGUGCUGGAGGGCUAUAAUCCCGAAGUGUUGGAGACUUUAAUGGCUUUGUAUAAAAGUCAAAUGGUGGCGCCUUGAAGAUGUCAAAACUUUUCCUCCAAUCCUUCUAGUGAAAAAACGAAAUAAAACAAUUUAUCAAAUCUGA